GGAGCAGCAUCGGCGCCGCAGGAGAGAGAUAGAGAGGGGAAACAGACUGUGGAGGAGAAGACGCAAAGCUUCAUCUCUGCCUGGAGAUGAAAAUUACUUUUUCUUACACUGAACAAACGGAUAUCACUUGGUGCCGCCAUGUAUUUUGUGUGUGUCACAGCGCUCUGCUGCCGCUGGCCCGCCCAACGCUGGGCAGGACCCAGUCCUCCCCAGACCCGAAGCCCCUCGUCCCCUUCCACCUGCUGCCUGGAUUCACAGACAUGGAUCACAUCCAUAAAGCUCUGAUUGGCCCAGGCAUCGGGCUAACCUCGCCGCUGAAGAGGAAGCAAAGUUCCUGCGGAGUCUGUCGACUGAGGUUCAACUCUGAGGUGGGCGUUUUCGUGUUGGAAAUGCACACUUUGAAUUGUUUUUCUUUCAAGGUGCAGGCUUCUUCCCACUACAGUGGCACCAAACACGCGAAAAGGCUGAAAGCGAUGGACGCCCCUGAUUCACAGAUCAGGACCUCUGAACUGGUCGCCAAGGAAACCACAUCGCAAAUCCUCCCGUCACCUUGCUCACAGCCCUCCAGCUCUGACACAACAUCAAGAGAUCCCUCAGCCCCAAACCUUACCUUAGAGGCGGCACAAUUGAGCAGCGGCCCCACUAAAACUGGGAAUGCACCCUUUGACCCGUCCCUGUCGCUUGGCCCGAGGACACCAGAGAAAGAGACACAAAGAGACGAAGAGGUGGACGUGGCUCCAGAAGAGGAAACAGAAGAAGAGAAAGCUAUUCGUCUUCUCUACUGCUCCCUCUGUAAGGUCGCUGUGAACUCUGCCUCCCAGUUGCAGGCCCACAACAUUGGCACUAAGCACAAGACAAUGCUGGAGGCAAGGAGUGGUGGUGGAACCAUCAAGUCCUUCCCGAGGACGGGGAUCAAGGCCAAGUUGGUCGCGGUAGCUGAGUCGUCAACUGGACUCCAGAACAAAACUUUCCACUGUGAGAUCUGCGAUGUGCACGUCAACUCUGAGACCCAGCUCAAACAGCACAUCAGCAGUAGGAGACACAAGGAUAGAGCAGCAGGUAAACCAGCCAAGCCUAAGUUCAGCCCUUACACUCCCACCCAGCGCCAUCAGAGUUUCCAAGCAAUUGGUCUUGCUCUACGGAAAAAACAAGAGCUGACCAAACCUAUGGCCUCCUGUCUUCUACAGCGUCAACUUUCCGUUGCUGCUGCCAUGGCAACGAUGCCCCCCUUCCCUCUCCGCCCUGCAUCGAGCCCCGCCCUGUUUCAGAGUCAGCCCAUCCCCCAGGCGCUACUGCAUUCGGUCCCUGGACCCAUCUGUUCGACACACACAUCGGUUCUAUUUUCCCCUUACUCACCCCGUCGAGGUCUCUAUCAGCUGUGAACUGCAGCUAAAGGCAGACCUGAGACCUGAACAAGAUGUGAUAUAAGACAGGGCUUACAGUGCUCUGGGGGUGUCAUGGACCAGGGCUGAAGAUUAUUGUUGCUGUGGCCAAAACCAUAAAGUAGAAUGGGAUGGAGGAAGCACAAAGCAGCAAAUGAGCUAAAACAAGAGUGUGUGUGUAUGAGCGUGAGUGUGUGUGUAUGAGCGUGAGUGUGUGCGAGUGCAUGCGCAGAUAUAGCCAUCAUAGAGGUCCAACUGCUGCACUACUGCUUCAUUCCCCCAGUAAUAAACAAGUUUUAUAGAUGCUGAUAAUCUAUAUGACAAUCAAGAACAUCUCUCUUACAAUGGACAGUUUAAUUCAUAGACAUAAGAAAGAUGCAUGAUGGUAAACUUCUAUGAUGACUAUAACUGUGUGUUUGUGUGUGCAGAUAUGCAUAUGAGUAUGAAUGCCAAUCAGAGCAUGCUUGACGAUGGAUGUUUAUUAUUUUCCAAUAAACAAUAGCUGUGGAUACUCA